CGUUUUUGAUAUUUGACAAUUGACGUUGACUGUAUUUUUAAAAUUAUCUGUUGUGUUUUUUAAUUAUGUGGAAUAUAUAUAAGUAGAUAUUCAUAUUUGAUUUGUGGUAUUGAUAUUGCUUCUAUUUCCAAAAAAUAACUAAGAUAGUGGAAACAUACGUUUAUGCCGUAGCGCGUUAUCUUUGAUGUGACUGAGUCGGGUGGUAGCGAAGAGGGAGAAGAGGGAGCAGAAGUGACAGAACAUAAAUAUUGAACAUGGGGUGUUGUGUGCCUUUCUGCAGGAGCACUGCAGCCAAUGUGCGCACAGCAGAGGGCAGACGCAAGGACGAGGGGAUUACUUUUCACGGUUUCCCUAGUGAAGCAUGUCUACGUGCAGCUUGGCUCAGAGCCCUCGGCAAACAAGACACUCACCUGCCAGACUCUGCUGUGGUCUGCUCGCAGCAUUUUCUUAGUGAUGACUUCAGUGAGACUGAAAGUGGCUCGAGGCAGAUUGCUCCUGGCGCCAUUCCUUCAACAGUGCUGGUCUGCACAAUGUGCCUGGACAGUGACAGCAAGCAGUUGCCAAUGAGUAAAUACAAGUUGGAUGAGGCAUACCAACAGUUUAUUGGUCUUCCUUUGUUUCAGUUGUGUGAUCGAGGGAACCUGCAACAAACACUUUGUGUACGAUGUGCUCACAGACUGAUAAACGUCACCAGAUUUAGAAACGACAGCUUGAGAACCCGCUCACUGAUGAAGGACUUAGUUGAGAAACAUGAAGUUAUAACAAACCAACAUAUACAAAUAAUUAACCGAGACAAAAAAUUUGUAAAAAGCAAAUUAGUGAUUACAACACUCGGAGCAGACUAUUGUGACUUACACAUUGUAGAAGAGCAAGAAGACAAACAGACAAAAUCAGAAGACACUGUACAUGGUGAAAUAGUUGUGAAAACUGAACACAGUUUUGACUCUAUGUCGGUUGACACAAACAUGGUAGUGAAAAAGGAAUAUGAUGAAGUUGAAGUAUCUCACGGACCAGUGUCGGAGCCAGCUGAUGACCCUCUCCUGGAGACUGUCGACAGGAAACUGACUGCUUCAAGCACAGUUGCAGAACAUGCAGGACAGGAUUUGUUGAAGUGGGAAAACAUUUCUUAUGGAUGUACAGUUUGUGCUGAGGAUUUUCUCCAUGAAGAAGAUUACUAUGCUCAUAUGAAUGUGCAUAUUCAGAACAGUGCUGCUGGCACCGAAUGUGUGACGUCACAAGUGUGUGAGCCUGCUGCAGCUGCGAGCUCUGGCUGGCACUCGGCGCCCCUCAGUGAGCACAAGCAUGCAGUUCAGAGCUUGGACGAUGACUCUCACCCUCCCACAGACUUGGCUCAACCUUCCAGUAAUCCUUUGCCUGUGAGAGGUGCACCUAACGGAGACGAUACAUUGAAGAAAAGUGGAAAAGAACUUAAUAUAAAUGAUAGCGAACGAAAGUUUUGUGAUAGCAACGAAGCUAACACAGACAUCAACAUACUCACACAUGCAGUGAAACUAAAUGAUAUAUUCAAUGAACAUGAGAGAAUACUUGAUAUCAUAAAUGUCGAUACUGCCUCUACUAAGUCUCAAUGUCAGAGUGCGAGUGACGUCACCGGGACACAGAACAUAUAUAAUACAGCAAACACUUUGAAAAGUGAAACUGAUUGCUUGAAUAAUGACACUAAUAUAUCAUUGACUAACUCAGCAGUAAAUAGUUUACACACACAUAAUGAGAAGAAAUGCUAUACUUGUGAUGUUUGCAGAAGAAUGUUUAAACAAAAAUGGCUCUUACUUAAACAUAAGAAGUCUCACACUGAAAGAAAAAUGUUCACUUGUGAGCUUUGUCAAUACAAAUGCACCUACAGAAGUCAAUUAGUGAAUCAUAUGCGAACUCACACUGGUGAGAAGCCUUAUUCUUGUGAGUUAUGCGACUACAAAUUUUCACUAAAUGUCAACUUAGUAUACCAUAUGCGAACUCAUACUGGUGAGAAGCCUUAUUCUUGUACCAUAUGCGACUACAAAUGUUCUCUUAAAAACAAUUUAGUGUAUCAUAUGCGAACUCACACUGGUGAGAAACCUUAUUCUUGUAAGCUAUGUGAAUAUAAAUGUGCAGUAAGUAGUACCCUAGUGAGACACAUGAGGGCCCACACUGGUCAGGAGCCUUAUUCUUGUAACUUAUGCGAGUACAAAUGUGCUAAGAAAAAUCAGUUAGUGCGACAUAUGCGAUCUCACACUGGUGAGAAGUUUUAUUCUUGUAACUUAUGCGAGUACAAAUGUGCUAAAAAUGUUCAGUUAGUGAGUCAUUUGCGAACUCACACUGGUGAGAAACCUUAUUCUUGUAACAUAUGCGAGUACAAAUGUGCUCAUAAAAACCAUUUAGUGUCACAUAUGCGAACUCACACUGGUGAAAAGCCUUAUUCUUGUACAGUAUGUGAGUAUAAAUGUGCAGUAAGUAGUACCCUAGUGAGUCAUUUGCGAACUCACACUGGUGAGAAGCCUUAUUCUUGUAACUUAUGCGAGUACAAAUGUGCUCAAAGAAAUCAGUUAGUGAGUCACAUACGAUCUCACACUGGUGAGAAACCUUAUUCUUGUAACUUAUGCGAGUGCAAAUAUGUUAAAAAAAACUAUUUAAUGUAUCAUUUGCGAACGCACACUGGAGAGAAGCCUUACUCUUGUAACAUAUGCGAGUACAAAUGUGCUCAUAAAAACCAUUUAGUGUUACAUAUGCGAACUCACACUGGUGAGAAGCCUUAUUCUUGUACGCAAUGUCAGUAUAAAUGUACAGUAAAUAGUGCCCUAGUGAGGCAUAUGCGAACCCACACUGGUGAGAAGCCUUUUUCUUGUAACUUAUGCGAGUACAAAUGUGCUCAAAAAAUUCAGUUAGUGAAACAUAUGCAAACUCACACUGGUGUGAAGCCUUUGUCUUGCAACUUAUGCGAGUACAAAUGUAAAACUAAGUGUUCUCUCCAGCGGCACAUGACGACGCACGCUAGCGACACUGUACACACCCACACACUGCCAGAGUCAACAACAACAGGUGUGUAAGGCUGUGUGUGUUAGUUACGUUCUAAGAUGCCUGGGGAUGACGAGGUAACUUUGUGUACUUAUUGCUCUCUCUUUCGUACCAUCGCAAAGAAAGAGUGACAGCAAAGCUAGUGGCCCGGAUGGAGUACCUGCAGUGGUUUUGAGGAAUUGUGCCCCAGAGUUAGCCCCAAUAUGUCAAGAAAUAUGUAAGUUACGGUAACAAAUUUACAAAGAAUUUCUAAAAAAAAUCAAGUGUGUAUUAUUCACGCCAAUUGUUUUUUAAAUUCUCGCUUUUUAAUUUUUCACAUGAGAAAAAGGCAAAGGUAUUACACCGUAAAGGAUGUCCCAUGUCUUCAAAUCUCGCUCUAUUCGCAACUCAAUAAAAUUAAAUAAAAAAAUAAACGCAUUCCACAGACAAGAACGCUGCAUUUCAUUCCAAUUUAUACAAUUAAAGUUUUUUAUUUAUUUUUCGAAACAAUCAGGGCCUUACUUAUAAUGAUUCUAUUUUUGAAUAAAACCUCCUCCGUUUUAUAGUAGGCUAAUACUCGUAACAGACAAGAAUUAAAAAAACAAAAUUACUUUAGCCCCUAGAGGCUGAAAUGCUAGUUUAGCCCCGCUGUGGAGUGGUAAUAUGACAGUGUUUUUGAGCAAGAGUAGUGAAAAAUUAUUUUUAAGCAGGUCGAUAGUAAUUUUACAUAUCGAAGAUAUAAAUUGCUGUUGAGAAAAUAAUUUUCAGAAUUUUUGGAGCCCGCAUUAACUAGAUAAAUAUUUUUUUUUGUUCCGCUUCCUUGUCUAUAAAAUUAAACAUAGACAAUACCUUUGACUAUUUAGACUGUGGAGUUAUGAACCUGUUUCGCACCCUAAUUCACCAACAGAAAAGUCUGUCGUUUUUUGAGGGGGACGAGGUAAACCCACACAUCGAAAAUAUUUAACGAGUUUUAGAGUAUUCGAUUAAUUGAUUGAUUUUUGCUGUUCCGUCAAAAGAAUCGAUUCUUUUUAGAAAUGUUUUUAUUACAAAUUUUAUAAAAAUCUUUUACUAAACUACAACUUUUUGGCCGUUUUUAUGCUAUUCAACUACACAAACCGGCAUUUUUAGGGAGCUCUCUACACGACGAAAACGAUCACAACAAUGAAACAUCGAUUCUUUAGCAACAGUUUUUAUAAACGCGUUAGAUCAUUUAUUUUUGAUCUUUGUCAGAGGGGUAACGAUUAGCGAGGCAAGUCCUGUUAUUAAUGGUCGAAGCAUGUCAUUGGUCAAGACUAUAAUUAGCAAAAAAAAGAGCAGAGUUAUCUGUGUUUUAAGAUGAUUAAUGUAUUAUUGUUAGAAAUAAAACAUUUUCAUUGGGU